CGUCCGUGGUGCGGCACAGUCCGGGCGAGAAAGCCAGCGAGUGCGGCGGUCCACACCUCUAACACUUCCUACGAACUACUCACUCUGUCACCGGUCCUUCACUUGACACAUCCUCACAUACAACAACACACACACGUCCUUCCGGGGAACUCAGCCCCGAGUGUCGCCAAGAAUCCGCGUACAAAACUGUCUAGGAAAAGGGAAUUAAAAGCCGACGAGAUCGCGUCUUUCUGCUAACGCCAAUCUAUUACGUUCUCACAUUAAUGUCUUUUGGUCUCUUUUGCAUACUCUCCGAGUGCUCUAUUUAGUGUUCUUUCUCAGUCGACGGAACUCGCCGACCACCAAAGGUAAAACAAGCAAUUUUUAUCAAUCACUCGCAGACCGCCACGUUAUUGUUUCCGAAACGCACUCAAUCAAACCGAGAAGAUUCAAAAUCCGCGUUUGACGUUCCUUUUAGUACAAAAAGAGAAAGAUUAUAUUUUUACGAGGGUAUUGUAUUAUAAGUAACCGACGAGUUAUAUAGUGUUGUCAGUUUCGAGUUUUUCGUUUUUUGUUUUUGGCGUUUUUAAGGCAAAGACGACGCGUCUUGUCCAAGAAUUAACGACAAUCAUUGAUCACUAAUUGUAAGUAAAGUAAGUUUGUUGUACGUGUGAUAGAGUCUUAGAUUAUCUAAAUUGGAGAGUUUUGCCGGACGACCGGCGUUAUUACUCCAAGAGUUUCUUGACCUGAGAGAUAGCUACUCGCCGUGUUGUCUUUUGACGGCCAGCGCGUUGCCAACCGUACACAUUGUUGUAUUACAUACACCGUCCUCAAGACCGACUCUCCGAGACGAGCUUUAUCGUAAUUUAUUACAAGUAUUUAAAUAAAUAAAUAAUAGUUAGGUAAUUCGAAGGGCCCAGUGCAAUAUUUUUUCAAGGACGCCGCCGCGUUCUCAACUCGCAACAAAGUCAAUAUUGUUCUUCACACACUACUGCAUGUUGUAUUGUAAAAUUUUAAUCAAUCGUCACUAUUCGAUGUUCGUGGUGUUUGUGUCUUAGACAAUCAUUUUUCUGUGUAUAUACCAUACAUACAAGAGCAAAUUUAAAAUACCUGUAUACCGAUAGAGGUUUUUCGCACUCGACGCAUCACACUCACCUUCCUACGCGUUUCAAUUAUUCGAACAUAUCCUCACUGUUCGGUGCAGACAAUCGGUUGUUGUUAUUGUUGUUGUUUUUGCUCUAUCGUGUGCCGACUCAAAUUCGGCGUUAAGGUUGUGUGCGACACGUUCAGUAUUAUCUUCAAAUAGCAAUCCAUAUCAAUCAUCACUACUCGUUAACAAUAUUCGUGUAAAAUACAUAUCUAUAGGUUAAUUAUAUAUUUAAACAAAAAGUAAAUAGUAUAUUUUAUCUAAAGCAAAGUUUAUAUAUCGCUCAGUUAUUGAUUGUAAUCAAACUAUUUAUAGUUGAGAUAUUUAUAUACAUUUAGCAAAAUUAGUCGGCUAGUACUAAGUGAACCCAUACGGAGACAAUCGUGCAAUAUUAGCAAAGGAUACCAAAUAUCAAUUAAAAUCGACAAUCGGACUUAAUUAAGGUUAGGAAAAUUUAAAAAAAAAAAAAAGUAAAGACAAUCCGUUUUCGCGCGUAAAUCGUGACCGUGAUAAGAAAAGAAGUAGUGUAGGUAAAUUGCAGCGACAAAUACCACAACCACCACCACCACGACGUACUUCCUGAACGCCCCCGGCCAAAUCCCUUACGUAGUGCCCUUCUGUCCCGUCGUGCCCUGUCCUGAAAUCACAGCACCGCCGACUGCGUACGCCCCAUCCCCGGCGCCCUGUCCCUGUGGCCAAUGUGCCCCACCGCACAUGUACAGUAACCAACUGGCCGCCCCGAGUACACUCAUCGUCAAUCGGUACACCGAAAUCAACUACUUCGACAACCAACAGGCUGCCAAUUGCGAAAAGUACAUCUACGAUAUGAGAGGAAGCGAGGAGCUUUUGUCACAGUCCAGCGUGAAUGUGAUGGCACCGUCGGCUCCGCAUGCGGAUAACAAUAAUCAAGAGAAUGCAAAAAAGGUGAAGCUGGAACAGAAUGUCGGCAAACCCUCACGCGUCAUACACAUCCGAAACAUUCCAAACGACGUGUCCGAAGCUGAAAUCGUCCAUCUCGGCAUACCUUUCGGAAGAGUCACCAACGUACUAGUGCUCAAAGGAAAGAAUCAGGCCUUCUUGGAGAUGAGCGAGGAAUCUUCGGCCACCACCAUGGUCAAUUACUUCUCGAGCUCCAUGGCGCAGCUCAGAGGCAGGGCGGUCUACGUACAAUACUCGAAUCACAAGGAACUCAAGACGGACCAAACCCACUCCAACGCGUUUUUGUUACAGAACGCGUCGGCACAAGCCGCCCUGCAGGCCGCCCAAGCGUUGACGGGUUCCCAGAAUUCGGUAACACCCUCAUCCACUCCUGCCACACCUGUCACAAACGGUCAGGACAUCCAGGGUGGUCCCAACACGGUGCUGCGGGUCAUCAUCGAACACAUGAUAUAUCCCAUAAGUUUAGAUAUUCUGCAUUUGAUAUUCCAACGUUUCGGCAAAGUCCUCAAGAUCGUCACCUUCACGAAAAACAACUCAUUCCAAGCCCUGAUCCAGUACCCAGACACGGCCUCGGCCCAAUCGGCCAAACAGGCCCUCGACGGCCAAAACAUUUACAAUAGUUGUUGCACGUUGCGCAUCGACUACUCGAAAAUGUCAUCGCUCAACGUCAAGUACAACAACGACAAAUCUCGUGAUUACACCAACCCCAAUUUGCCGACCGGAGACACCAACGACCAGCUGGCGCUCGGUGGCGGCUUGGCGGGCGGCCUAGGCGCCGAUAUCCUACUGUUGGCGGCGCAACCGCGCUUAGCCAGAGAGCGCAUGGCCGACUCGAUCCUAGCCGGAACGCCUGGAGUGCUCAGCGGUCCCUUCAUGCACGGCCUGGCGUCCACGCUGGCGACGCCGUACGGAGGCGGCGUCACCGGGGGCCUACCGGGACUCGGAGGGUUCGCCCUGGGACAGACGGCGCCCGGAUUGAGGGGAAUCGCGGCGCCGGGCUUGGCCUUGGCCACGGUCUUACUCGUUAGUAACCUGAACGAAGAGACGGUCACGCCUGAUGCUCUCUUUACACUAUUUGGUGUCUACGGCGACGUGCAGCGGGUGAAAAUAUUGUACAACAAAAAGGACUCGGCGCUAGUUCAGUUGGCGGAGCCCCACCAAGCCCACUUGGCCAUAACCCACAUGGACAAACUGAAGGUGUUCGGUAAGACAAUCCGAGUGAUGUUGAGCAAACACCAGUCGGUCCAGAUGCCGAAAGAGGGCCAGCCGGACGCCGGUCUAACGAAAGACUACAGCCAGAGUCCACUUCACAGGUUCAAGAAGCCGGGCUCGAAGAACUAUCAAAACAUCUACCCGCCCUCGUCGACGCUCCAUCUGAGCAACAUACCGGCGACCAUCAACGAGGACGAUAUCAAAGAGGCUUUCACCAAGAACGGGUUUACCGUAAAGGCCUUCAAAUUCUUCCCCAAAGACAAGAAGAUGGCACUAAUUCAGCUGCCUAGCAUGGAGGAGGCCGUGGAGGCCCUAAUCAGAAUGCACAACUACCAACUGUCAGAGUCGAAUCACUUAAGAGUCUCCUUCUCAAAGUCCAGUAUAUAAUGCGACCUGUAAAUCCGAUUGCACAGUAUUCAUUCCAUUUAUCAUGCCGUAGAGUCGGCGUGUAGCUAAUAUAUUGCAGCGCUUAUUUAUUAAUAGACUGUUCUGGCAGGUUAAGCUUUGAUUAUAUCGACAAAUCAGUAUGAUCUUAGUAUUUUUUUAAAGAAGUUAGUGUUAAGUUGUACUUUUAAGUAUUGUUGAAUGAAAAGUAUUUUUGAUUUUAUAACAUAACGAUAUUACUAGGUUUUGUUGCGUUGCGUUCAGUAUUGAAUGGCUUUAAAAUUGAGAGAACCUAAUGAAAAGUAUAGGUGAUUAUGUGGAUCAAGUCGCCGCGAUGUUAUUUUUUGUAAGUUUAUAGGAAGUGUUAGUGUAAGGGCUGGUUCAUGGAGACCCGGUCACGUGAACCGGCCUGCUAGUAUUAAUUGGCUAGUAUUGUUAGGACGUCGCGGACAAAUUAGCGUAUCGUAGUUUUUAGUCAGUGAUUAGUUUAGGGUAAACCACAGGGUGUAGAUGUACCCUAGAGAUAUGGAUGUGUUUCUCUUGUAGUGCCGAGAAAACGAUUCAUAUUUUCUCCCGCCAGAUCUAGCAAUCGUGUCCUCUUAUUAUACUUACAAUGAAUCUCUUUAUUUUUCUAAGACACGCUCGUUAGAUCUCGAAAUUAUUAAUUAUUAUAACGGUAUAUAUUUCUCUCUAUUCUAUAUACUAUACACUUGACAAUCAUAAAAAUCAUACUAUGUAACAAAAGACGCGUGAUCUAAAUUUCAGUGUUUGUCUCUUUCAUUCAAUCAAAAUUCGCAUUGACGAGGGACAUACCGCAUGCAUGUUGUAAUUUGCCAAAUUCAAAGUCAAUAUCUACAAUACUUGUGACUACUGAACUAAAUGUUUAAAAAAAGUUAUAUUUUUUCAUAUGUUAAGUGCGCACAAUACGUCUUUCAUGAGCUACCCUCUGUUAAUAAAUUGAUCACGUUGCUUUAAGUCUGCCAUUUUUAAGCAAAUUAAAGCUUCUUCUCAGGUUUUGUUUUUUCGUUUUCUUUUUUCCGACGUUUCGUUUUAUCAUUAUUAGUAUAUAACUUAUGCAUUUACUGUUUUAUUUUCUGUUUGAUAAUUAAACAUUUUCUUUAUAUUAUCAUUUCGUUUUUUUCCCAACGUUUCUUCCAAAAAAAAAGUUAGCCCGAUCGGUCUACACAAACAAAUCGGGCUUUCGAGGCUUCUGCAAACAAUGACACGUACAAAUCCGGCUGUGUUGCGAUUGUUUGCGGAGGAAUCUCUGUUUUGUGAUUGAUAUUUAUGAGCGUGAACUGGCACACGCCAUAAUAAGGAACAAACAUGGCAUCGUGCCUGACCGUGGGAUCAACUAAAACAAAUCAUUGAAUAAAUAUCUAUUUAACAUUACAUUCAAGCAUAAUAUCGACAUAGCUGCGUAUCUAUCUAUCCACAUAUACUCUACUAUUUACAUACUUAGAUUACUUUUAGAAUAAAGUAGUGAAAUUUAGCUUAAACUAUGGGCACAAUUUGGAUUUUUAUCAAUCGUACAGGUUUAUAUCUUUUGCACGUUUCAUUCGAUAUGGCAUCCGGGACACCACUCGGAAACAGUCGGCUUCGAUUCCACCACUCGGGUGCCAAUACAGUAUUAAAGAUGAUGGCCAGUUCGACUUGGUUACGUUGUUUACGUUUUCAAAUUGUUUUUGUUAGAUACUAAAUCUGUAUCCUGUAUUCGAAUUCUGUCUAUAUCAAACAUAUAUUAUUCUGAAAGUUUUAGAUUUAUUCUUUGUCAUUUUACAAUAAAAAUGUUUAGAUA